AUGGACUUCCUGUGCGUCGGCCUGCCCAUAUUCUUCCUCCGGAAUCUACAGGCGAAACUCGGCCGGAAGAUCAGUCUUUUCGUCCUCCUCGGACUUGGCCUCUUCACUGCCGCAUGCGCGAUUCUCAGAGCCACGUCCGUCGACUUCGCAGACAAGGACUUUACCUGGCACACCGUGCCCGUGGUGUUCUGGUCUUGCCUCGAACAGAAUAUCGGCAUCAUCGUCGCCUCUACCCCCGCCGCCCAUCAGCUGUAUACCCUCAUCCUUCAAAAAUACUUCCCCCACUGCGUCAACAACCAGCCCUACCUCCGCUCCCUGGGACUUCGUACCUCGUCCGGUUACGCAAACACGAGCGAUGGAUCGCACCAUUAUAAGAUACGGCUCGGUAGCCGAGGUAGCCAGAGUAUGGGGAUGAUGUCGAAUGCGGGGAGUGGUGGUGGUUGUGGUGGAACGAUCUUACCAGGGCCGCCAAGCCCGACAAAGAAGGAACCUAGGACGGAUUAUGAUAAAGCUUUGUUGGAUACCAGUCCCAAGUUAGGGCAAGCUGCGAAGCAGGAUGAGGAGUCUUCCUAUCUAGGUUUAUGCUGA